AUGUGUAAUGUGCCUUAUGCGUCUGCCGUAGUGAGCUUAAUGUACACAAUGCUAUGUAUAAGACCUGAUAUAGCUUAUGCUGUAAGUGUUACAACUAGUAAUUCAGUCAAACCCAGGGGGAAGAAACUUGAUCGGUAUGUAAAAUCGUCCUUAGACUUGGAAGAACUAGGAUCUAGUUUUGAGUUUGGAUGUUUCCGAGUUAAACAAUUCAAGGUAGGCGAUUUCAAUCAUUCUUCAGUUUCAAGCUCAGAAAUGUUAGAAGAUUUCUGGAAACUUGAGCAAUCAGCUGCUUUAUUACAUCAUGUUGGACAUAAGUUCCAUGAAGUUUUUCAAUUGAAACAAGGGAGAUACUCGGAUCUUCCUGCUGCGAAGAUUUCAGAGAUGAUGAAAUCAAAUACUUUAGACAAUGCUCCAACUCAGUCACUUUUAAGUGUUGUGAACGGAAUUCUGGAUGAAAGCAUUGAAAGAAAGAAUGGUGAAAUACCUUAUCGUGUGGCGUGUCUGUUGAGAAAAGUUGUUCAGGAGAUUGAACGGCGUAUAUCAACUCAAGCUGAACACAUUAGAACUCAAAACAAUCUUUUUAAGGCUCGUGAAGAGAAGUACCAAUCGAGAAUCCAAGUGCUUGAAGCCCUUGCAUCUGGCACUGGUGAAGAGACUGAGCUUGUUAUGAAACAACUUCAGCAAAUAAAGUAUGAGAAGUCAAAAGCAGAAGAGAAGAAGAAACUUAAAGAGGAGGAUGUGGUUGAAUUGUUGAAAGAGAAGGAUCAAAGUAGCCUUGAAAUUUCAGCUCUGAAGCAAAAACUAGAAUUUGCCAAAAAGACGUGUGAAUUGCGUUGUUCACAAGUGGAAACAGAAUCGAAGAGUGCUAAAGCAGAUCUUGAGGUCAAAUUAAGAGACCUUGAGGGCCUCUUAACGGCUUCAAGGAAUAAAGUGAUGGAGCUUGAGGAAAAUUCUGAUUCAAAGAACCAGGGCUGGAGCAGGAAAGAGAACAUUUACCAAAGUUUACUGGAAUUACAACUUGGUGCGCUGAGGGAAAUGAAAUUUUCUUCACAUUCCAUCAAGCAAGAAGUUUUAAGAACUCAGAAGAGCUUCUCAGAUGAGUUUCAUUCCCUAGGUGUAAAGCUUAAAGAAUUAGGAGAUGCAGCUGAAAAUUACCAUAGUGCUCUUGCUGAGAACCGGCGGUUAUUUAAUGAAGUUCAGGAGCUAAAAGGAAACAUUAGAGUGUACUGUCGGGCAAGGCCAUUUUUGCCUAAACAGACCGGUAAACAAUCAUGUCUAGAAUAUAUUGGCGAAAAUGGGGAGAUAAUCAUCUCAAAUCCCUCCAAACCAGGAAAAGAUGGGCAACGGAUGUUUAAGUUUAAUAAGGUCUAUGGUCCAGUUGCUACUCAAGUGGAGGUGUUUUCAGAUAUCCAACCUUUGGUACGAUCUGUACUUGAUGGAUAUAGUGUUUGCAUAUUUGCUUAUGGUCAAACAGGUUCAGGAAAAACCUACACAAUGAGUGGUCCUAAUGGAGCAGGUGAAGAAGAUUGGGGAGUUAAUCUUCGAGCUCUCCAUGACCUUUUCAAUAUCUCACAAAAAAGAAGCAGCUCCAUAAACUAUGAGAUUGGGGUUCAAAUGGUUGAAAUAUACAAUGAACAAGUGCGCGAUUUACUAUCAAGUGAUGGUUCUCAAAAAAAGCUUGGGAUUAUAUCUUCAUCUUCAGCCAACGGGGUAGCUGUACCUGAUGCUAGCAUGCACCCUGUUAGAUCAACAAAAGAUGUGACGGAAUUAAUUGAUAUUGGACUAAAGAAUAGAGCUGUUGGAGCCACUGCCCUUAAUGAAAGAAGCAGCCGUUCUCAUAGUGUUGUCACCAUUCAUGUUCGUGGGAUUGACUUGAAGAGCAGUUCUCCUUUGCAUGGUAAUCUUCACUUGGUAGAUCUUGCAGGAAGUGAAAGGGUAGAUCGCUCUGAGGUGACUGGAGACAGGCUGAGGGAAGCACAAUAUAUAAACAAAUCGUUAUCGGCCCUUGGAGAUGUUAUUUUUGCUCUUGCACAAAAGAGCUCUCAUGUCCCAUACAGAAACAGCAAGCUCACUCAAUUGCUUCAAAGCUCUUUAGGAGGCCGAGCAAAAACUCUUAUGUUUGUGCAGCUCAAUCCUGAUGUAAAUUCAUUUUCUGAGAGUUUGAGUACCUUGAAGUUUGCAGAGAGGGUCUCUGGGGUUGAGCUGGGUACUGCACGGAGCAGCAAAGAGGGCAGGGAUGUUCGGGAAUUAAUGGAGCAGGUGGCAUCUCUUAAAGACACGAUUGCCAAAAAGGAUGAGGAGAUUGAGAGGUUGCAAUUACUUAAAGAUCUCAAAAAUGCAUAUCCUAAUGUCAAUAGUGAGAAUAGUGGGGCAAAUUCAUCGAGGCAUGGAUCUCUCUCUUCAAGCAAAGACUCUGUAAGUGGGACUGGGACUGCUCAGAGAAGCUCAAAACUGCCAACUGGGAAAGGCUUAGGACUUACAGAGAAAGCAGCUUCGGACAACGGUUCACAGCAAAGUGAUAGGCUUUCAGAAGUUGAUUCCUCGCAGUCUAUGGAUGACUUAAAACACCAAAAUGAAUUGCUCAUGCAAUCAAAAAUUACCGGAGGGGUCUUAAGUCAGAAUAUUAACACAGAUGGUGAUAUUCUAGGAUUAGCAGAUGCAAAUUCUGAUCGAUUAAGUGAUAUAUCUGAUAAUGUUCUAUCUUCUGGGGAACCUGAUGGCUCUACGGAAUUUAGUCUUCCUCAGGAAGGGUCAAAACCAUUGGACAAUUCAGGGACGCCUAAACCUGUGUCAAAAGUUGGUCGAAGCAUUAAAAAACUAGAGCAAACUAAGACAACGUCGUCAAUCUCCAGGGAUUCUUCGAAGGUGUCAACAAGUGCAAAAAAGACUUCAAACAGUGGCUCUACUUUCAAGCCUCCAAAGCCAUGGCAGUGAAUUAGACUACAUUUGUUUAUAUAUGCCUCUUGUAGAUAAAAUUUUACAUCUGUUCACGUAUAGUUAGCUGGUUUUGUACACCACCUAGUUUUGCAAGCUAAGAAUCCAAGGUUUCUUGAAGACCUUUUUUUUCGCCCUUCCUGUAUUUGGUUCCCUUGGUGAUCUGUGUGUUGAAAAUCGAAACCAAGUGUCAGAUUUUGAGGUCGUAAUGCUCAUGUUUCCUUUUGUUAGCAGAUAAAGAUCGCAGAGAGUAUUUGGGAAGAAAGCACAGUUCGUGUAUUGCUUCAUUAUCAAUCUUAAGUUUUAUA